UGAAAAGAUGUAGGAGGUCUUGCCUUACCUUUUCACGCUAUCUGGGGGCAGUCCCGCACCCCAGACUUCAAAAGCCCCUAGACUUCCCCAGAGGACGCCCUCGCACGCUGCGGAGGGGCUCCGAGGAGGGAGGAGCCUUGGAACUGUGGGCGGGGCCGCAAGGUUCCGCCCCAUCCCUCCUCUCGCGGCCUGGGUCUCUCCCCUCUCUUUUGCGCUCGUGCGGGAGGGCGGAGCCGGGCUCGCUCCAUUGUGGAGAGUAGGGGAGAGGCGCGCGGGAGUCCGCGGAGGCCCUGCUACCAGCGCGCUCGCCUCCUGGCCGCCGCGGCUGCCCCUGGCAGGCACCGCAGCCGGGAUGCGGCGGGCGCCCGGCACUGGCGGGCAGCGCAGCGGCUCCGGGGACAUGUGCGCUGGCCCAGACCGCCCGCGACCAUGAGCCUGACCGCCCGCGUCUCCUGCUCUAUGCUCAGCUGCUUCGGUGAGGAAGGGCCCCCCAGCCUGGAGUACAUCCAAGCCAAGGAUCUGUUUCCCCCCAAGGAACUAGUGAAAGAGGAGGAGAAUCUGCAGGUGCCCUUUACAGUGCUGCAGGGUGAGGGAGUGGAGUUCCUGGGCCGGGCAGCUGAUGCCCUCAUUGCCAUCUCCAACUACCGACUGCAUAUCAAGUUUAAAGAUUCUGUCAUCAACGUCCCCCUCCGGAUGAUUGACAGUGUAGAGAGCCGUGAUAUGUUCCAGUUGCACAUUGCCUGCAAGGACUCCAAAGUGGUGAGGUGCCACUUCUCCACUUUCAAGCAGUGCCAAGAGUGGCUGUCACGGCUAAGCCGGGCCACGGCGAGACCUGCCAAGCCUGAAGACCUCUUUGCCUUUGCCUACCAUGCCUGGUGCCUGGGGCUGACUGAGGAGGACCAGCAUACUCACCUAUGUCAGCCAGGAGAGCACAUAAGAUGUCGCCAGGAGGCUGAGCUCGCGAGGAUGGGCUUUGAUUUGCAGAAUGUCUGGAGAGUCUCCCACAUCAACAGCAACUACAAAUUGUGCCCCAGUUACCCCCAGAAGCUGCUGGUUCCUGUGUGGAUCACAGACAAAGAGCUGGAGAACGUGGCUUCCUUCCGCUCCUGGAAGCGGAUCCCGGUGGUUGUGUAUAGACACCUACGCAAUGGGGCUGCAAUUGCCCGCUGCAGCCAGCCUGAGAUCAGCUGGUGGGGCUGGCGCAAUGCUGAUGAUGAGUAUCUGGUCACGUCCAUCGCUAAAGCUUGUGCUCUGGACCCAGGGACAAGGGCCACUGGGGGCUCCCUCAGCACUGGGAAUAGUGAUGCCAGCGAGGCAUGUGACACUGACUUCGAUUCUUCCUUGACUGCAUGCUCUGGAGUGGAGAGCACAGCGGCCCCCCAGAAACUGCUGAUCCUGGAUGCUAGAUCCUACACGGCGGCUGUGGCCAACCGGGCCAAGGGUGGAGGCUGUGAGUGUGAAGAAUACUAUCCCAACUGUGAGGUCGUGUUCAUGGGAAUGGCCAAUAUCCAUGCCAUCCGGAACAGCUUCCAGUACCUUCGGGCUGUGUGUAGCCAGAUGCCUGAUCCCAGCAACUGGUUGUCGGCACUGGAGAGCACCAAAUGGCUACAGCACUUGUCGGUGAUGCUAAAGGCAGCUGUGCUUGUGGCUAAUACUGUAGACCGGGAAGGCCGGCCUGUGUUGGUGCACUGCUCAGAUGGCUGGGACCGGACACCGCAGAUUGUAGCCCUGGCCAAAAUACUACUGGACCCAUAUUAUAGGACGUUGGAGGGCUUCCAAGUUUUAGUAGAGUCUGACUGGCUGGAUUUUGGGCACAAGUUUGGAGAUCGCUGUGGCCACCAGGAGAAUGCAGAGGACCAAAAUGAGCAAUGCCCUGUGUUCCUCCAGUGGCUUGAUUCCGUUCAUCAGCUGCUCAAGCAGUUCCCCUGCCUGUUUGAGUUUAAUGAAGCAUUCCUGGUAAAGCUGGUGCAGCACACAUACUCCUGCCUCUACGGCACGUUCCUGGCCAACAAUCCUUGGGAGCGAGAGAAGCGCAACAUCUAUAAGCGGACCUGCUCUGUGUGGGCUCUCCUGCGAGCUGGCAAUAAGAACUUCCAUAACUUCCUCUACACACCUGGCUCAGACAUGGUCCUGCAUCCUGUGUGUCACGUACGGGCUCUACACCUCUGGACAGCUGUUUAUUUGCCAGCGUCGUCUCCAUGUACACUUGGGGAAGAGACCAUGGAUCUUUACCUUUCCCCGGUGGCUCAGAGCCAGGAGUUUUCUGGCCGUUCUCUGGACAGAUUACCUAAAACCAGAUCUAUGGACGAUCUGCUUUCUGCCUGUGACACAAGCAGCCCCCUGACUCGCACAUCCAGUGACCCUAACCUGAAUAACCACUGUCAGGAGGCCAGAGUAGGCCUGGAGCCCCGGCACAGCAGUCCUGAGGGCUCAGAGACCUUUGUGGAAUCUGUGGUAGGAGGUCCUCAGCAGACCGUAGGAGAAAUGGGUCUUCCUUCCCCUCUGCCCAGCAGCCAGAAAGACUACUUGAGCAAGAAACCUUUCAAGAGUCAGAGAAGCUGUUCUCCAAGUUACAAACUGUUUAGUACUGCAGUGCCCCAGGAAAUGAAGAGCAACAUCUCUGAUCCUGAGAUCAAAGUCCUGGAAGAGACUGAAGCAGCAGCUCCAGACCCUCCUGCCCACAAUGAGAUGAAUAGGACUUUAGAUGGCACAGAGGAGCCACCUGAACAUUGUCCUGAGAAAGAAGCUGUCAGCACACUCUCCGAAGUUGUUUCCAACAAAUGGAAUGGAGUUUGUGAUUUUCCUGAGUCUUCCCAGGACUCCCUUUCGGGUGCCCCCCAACAGGCCCUGCUAGAUUCCAUGCUAGGUGUGCCCUCUGGAUGUGCUGCAGAUCACAGUCUGGGUACCCUUUGCGACCCACUGAGUGCUACCAGCCAAACUCCUUCGGAGCCAAGCACUGACUUCCUCAGCCAAGAUCCCCCAGGGUCUGUGGCAAGGAGUUCCCACCAGGAACAGCCCAGCUCUGUGUCAGAUCUGAUUCAUAGGGAGGAAUACACUGGCAAAAGAGGGAAUAAUAGGAAUGGGCAGUUAUUGGAAAAUCCUCGCUUUGGGAAAGUGCCAUUGGAAUGGGCCCGAAAGCCAAUUUCUCAGAGCCAGAUCAGUGAGUUUUCCUUUUUAGGAUCCAACUGGGAUAGCUUCCAAGGGAUGGUGACUUCAUUCCCAAGUGGGGAGACCACCCCUCGGCGGCUGCUUUCCUAUGGCUGUUGCAGCAAAAGGUCAAGCAACAAGCAGGUGCGGGCAAUAGGGCCCUGCUUUGGGGGCCAGUGGGCUCAGAGAGAAGGGGUGAAAUCACCGGUCUGUUCUAGUCAUUCCAGUGGACACUGUACUGGUCCAGGGGGAAAAAACAACCGGAUGUGGUUGUCCGGUCACCCAAAGCAGGUCUCCAGCACAAAGCCUGUUCCACUGAGCUGCCCUUCUCCAGUGCCUCCUCUCUACCUGGAUGAUGAUGGACUGCCCUUUCCCACGGAUGUGAUUCAGCAUAGAUUACGGCAAAUCGAAGCAGGGUACAAGCAAGAGGUAGAGCAGCUACGCCGACAGGUGCGUGAGCUUCAGAUGAGGUUGGAUAUCCGUCACUGCUGUGCCCCUCCAGCAGAGCCCCCCAUGGACUAUGAGGAUGAUUUUACAUGUUUGAAGGAGUCCGAUGGCAGUGAUAUAGAAGAUUUUGGCUCUGAUCACAGUGAAGACUGCCUUUCAGAAGCAAGCUGGGAACCUGUUGAUAAGAAAGAGACUGAGGUGACUCGCUGGGUUCCAGACCAUAUGGCAUCACAUUGCUAUAACUGUGACUGUGAGUUCUGGUUGGCCAAACGAAGACACCAUUGCCGAAAUUGUGGGAAUGUAUUUUGUGCUGGCUGCUGCCACCUGAAGCUGCCCAUUCCUGAUCAACAGCUCUAUGACCCAGUUCUCGUCUGUAACUCCUGUUAUGAACACAUCCAAGUAUCUCGUGCCAGGGAACUCAUGAGCCAACAUCUGAAGAAACCCAUUGCUACAGCUUCCAGCUGAAUGCCAGAGGAGAUGACCUGUCCAAUUUUAGCAGGUUUGAAGGGAGGAUCUGCUUCAGGUGUAGUUUUGAAGGUUCCUUGGUGUGGCUCAUGAAAUAACAGAGCUCAAAGAUACCGUCUUGAGAAAUCCUCCAUGGUACCAUGAGACUGGAGCAGAGGAAUUCCAAUUUGGCAGGAGGUCUUCUAUUGGUGAGACCCUCACCUUGGGGUAAUGGUCCUGAUCCAGACCCAGAGUCUGGAAGCUUAAUGUUGAGCUGGUGACUCCAGCUUUUGUCCUAGGGGCCACAAGAUGAUGAUUUCAUAGAUACCGCCUGGUGAUACAUGCCCCAAACAGCAAUAGAAAGGCAUAAGUAUAACCAAACUCCAAGUGAUAAACAGAUCCAUCUCUCCUCCACCUUGAAAAAAGCAGAUUUUAGUAUACAAGAUAGGAAUUCCUAUCCUAUUUGAAAUGAACUAUAUCCUGUUCCUCUGUGCUCUGUGUCUGUGCAUGAAGGCUCAGUCUUUAGAGGCACUCCCUCUAGUUGCAGUAGUUCUGUCUCUCUGUGGAGUUUGGUUUAAAGACUGGUUCAGCAAGUGGAGGUUUUGCUGUAUUUUUCACUUGGCUUAUCGGCCAACAUCAGUGAAUAUUCAGUUUAGAGGGACAGUUCUAAGGAGUCAGACAUUCUUGGGAGCAGAGGAAAGCUCUGCUGAUGUUCAGUCCUGGCAAAAAUCAGUUAUUUUGAGCUGCGAAGGCAGUCGUCUCUGUUACUCAGUGGCAGCUCUUGAGGUAUGCACUGUGAAGAAUGAGAAGGGAAAAGCAGAAAUGAUCCUUGUCAAAUAUUUGCUGAUCGUGCCCUGCCCUUUGCGCCUGACUUUUCCUAGUUGUCCUGGUGCUAACACAGGAGUUACACCUUGAUCCUCUCCUGGCAUGAAAACGAAACAAUGGAUUUUUGUUGUUGUUCCAUUGCCCACUUCCCUCGUGUUGUCUUUCCCUUGGCUGCUGCCUCCUCUGGGUCACACUGCUUCUUAUCCUGAACACUUGACACCUUGAGGGUAGAAUUUAGCAUUUGGUUUUUACCUCCUAGAAUAUGCUGUUUGGUAUGUGAGGGUUUCAGUACAAAUGCUGCUGUCUAUUUCUGUGCACUUAACAAUGGAACCCAAACAGAAGAGAAUAAAGCCUUGAUACCAAAAUUGGGAGAGAAAAUGUGUCCAUUUGGACCAAACAUUGUUUUUUUUUGUUGUUGUUGUUGUUUUGUUUCAUCUUAAUAUGUACCAGUGGCACUUAACCAAAAGAUACAGUGAUAUAGCCAUGUACUGUGGUUGGGACAGAUAUAGUCUCCUUGAUCUAUAAUGAAACCACUAGUAUUUCCUUUAUACAUUUUCCUUAAUCCAUUGGUGUAUAAAAGGUGAAUUACACUUAGGCUUAUCCUGUUUUAAAACUAUGGUAGCUGUCUGUCUAACUGCUACUUUCAUGUUACUUCCUAGAAAAAAAUUUUUCAUUUGAAAAUAACUAGGAUCUGCAUUUAGAACAAGAAUUGUUAUUUGUCCUGACCUUUUCUUUAGUCCUACAGAGAAGCAUCUGUGCUUUUAUACUUGUCAUGGAUGUAACCUAAAAAGUUUUGGCGUAUUUAGGUCAGCCUAGCAGAACUUUUUUUUUUUUUUUUUUUUCAUUUAAAUGGAGUUGAAUAAUGGAGAUUUGUGUCUGGGAAAUUCCUGAGAUCAUUGAAAAAGUAACAAACUAUUCCUUGUCUCUGAUACGUAAAAUUCUAAGCAUUUUCUCAAUCAUUAAAAUUUACUGCCAGUUGCGAGUGGCUUUUUAAUUAACUUUCAUUGCACUUCACUCUGCCCAUUUUCAGGGGGAGUAAGAUUGGUGGUAACAUUUGAGGAGACUGUAUCUGUCUACUUCGUGUGGCUGUUUUGAGGGACUGUCCCAUCAGUGAACAUACUGCAUGGCCUUGGAGAGAGACUCUGGGCUCUCAGCUCAGAUGUAUUCAUCAAAUACUCCUUUCAGAGCUCUCGUGGGUGUAAGUGACAUGAUGUGGCCAAAAAUCCAAACUGUGCAGUUGCGUUGUGACAAACAUGCAAUGUGCUGUAAAAACUCAAUACAAUUUAAAUAAAAUCUCUAUAUUAGUG